CGUGCCGUGCCCGCGCCGCGGGAGCGCGCCCUGCCGCACCUGGCUCCAGUCUCCCGGGGAAGUGCAGGAAACGCUCCCUAAACUACAGUACGUACUUCUCGCCCGAUUCCUGCUCCAGCAGGUUCCCCACCCGGGACCUCGCAAUCGCAGCAGCGGUUGCUUCCUGAGUGUCGGGCCCGCCCGCCUCUCACUAUCACCCGUGCAAGCACAACCCGCGGGCUCGCUCGGCUCCACGCAGACUCUGUCUCCGCCGCGCCCAAACUCGGCAUCCGAAACUACUGGACCAACUGCCGCCGGGACUGCAGGAGCCGCCCAGUGGCCUGGUGCGACCCCGCUGCUGGUCCCGGGCUCUGGGCUUCCUCCUGCGCCUCAGCCGCCUCAGACACGAUAUAAUCAAGUACCCAGAGACUUCAGGGUCGUCUUCCCUGCUCAGCGGUGUUUUUGGUGUCCACCUAAGGAGUCUCCUUGUCCAGUCUUGGAACACUUGGAAAUUAAACAGAGAAUCCACUUCACAUAUUCUUCUUGAAAAUUUCCCUCGUAUAUGUUCUGACCUUUCUGAAUAAGCAUAAGGAUUUGGAGGAACUAACAAGAGGGAACAAGCCCCAAAGACAAGCCAUAAGUGAGGAAAGGCCAUGGAACAGCCACCAACCAGAUAAUCGUCGCUGCAAUAACUGGGAAGUGUCUGAAUGUAGGCUGCAGAAGUCCUGAAGGUUGAUGGAGGGCCAUGCUAUUCAAACAGCAGGCGUGGCUGAGACAGAAGCUCCUGGUGCUGGGAAGCCUUGCUGUUGGGAGUCUCCUGUAUCUAGUUGCCAGAGUUGGGAGCUUGGAUAGGCUACAACCCAUUUGCCCCAUUGAAGGCCGACUGGGAGCCCGUGGGCAGGCUGAAUUCCCUCUGCGUGCCCUGCAGUUUAAACGUGGCCUAUUGCAUGAGUUCCGGAAGGGCAACGCUUCCAAGGAGCAGGUUCGCCUUCAUGACCUGGUCCAGCAACUCCCCAAGGCCAUUAUCAUUGGGGUGAGGAAAGGAGGUACAAGGGCCCUGCUUGAGAUGCUGAACCUCCACCCAGCAGUGGUUAAAGCCUCUCAAGAAAUCCACUUUUUUGACAAUGAUGAGAAUUAUGCCAAGGGCAUUGAGUGGUAUAGGAAGAAGAUGCCUUUUUCCUACCCUCAGCAAAUCACAAUUGAAAAGAGCCCGGCAUAUUUUAUCACGGAGGAGGUUCCAGAAAGGAUUUACAAAAUGAACUCAUCUAUCAAGUUGCUGAUAAUUGUCAGGGAGCCAACCACAAGAGCUAUUUCUGAUUACACUCAGGUGCUAGAGGGGAAGGAGAGGAAGAAUAAAACUUAUUACAAGUUUGAGAAGCUGGCAAUAGACUCUAAUACCUGCGAAGUGAACACAAAAUACAAGGCAGUGAGAACCAGCAUCUACACCAAACACUUGGAAAGGUGGCUGAAAUACUUUCCAAUCGAGCAAUUUCACAUUGUCGACGGAGAUCGCCUCAUCACAGAACCUCUGCCAGAACUUCAGCUCGUGGAGAAGUUCCUAAAUCUUCCCCCAAGAAUAAGUCAAUACAAUUUGUAUUUCAAUGCUACCAGAGGGUUUUACUGCUUGCGAUUUAACAUUAUCUUUAAUAAGUGCCUGGCUGGCAGCAAGGGGCGCAUUCAUCCAGAGGUGGACCCCUCUGUCAUUACCAAAUUGCGCAAAUUCUUUCAUCCUUUUAAUCAAAAGUUUUACCAGAUCACUGGGAGGACACUGAACUGGCCCUAAAAUAAUGUCAUACAACACCAUGUGUUGUGCCUGAAGACACACAAUGUCUCCUCUAGAUUAAGAUAUGCACUUUUCCUAGCCACAACUACCCAAGUCAUGUUUCCAUCUCUACUUGUACAUAGGCAGUAUGUGACCAAAUAUAGGAACAGCUCUUUUUCUACUGAAAAUUUACAAAAAUAAUUUGCUGUCUGCAUAGUUGCAUCUUUUAAACUCGUUACUAAAAGAAGAGGUGGUGGUAUUGGGGGAAAGUGACUUCAGCUAUUCUCAAAGAGUUAGUCUUCCUUUGAGUCAGAAGUUGUCACCUGCCAUUUUCGUUAAUUUAAGCCAAAAGAUUAAUGUGUAAAAUGUACCAAUGGCUGUGAAGCUGCAGGAGGUAGAGGAUUCAGUUAUGCAUUCUUUUCGAAGGGAAAGCUGGCUGUCUAAUUCAGAUGCUGAAUUGGUGCCAUGAAAACAGAAAAUAUUAUUUUUCUUAUGAUUUAAAAGAAUGUCUUAUCUCAUAAAAUUGACAUUAUUCCAAAGUCCCUGUGGUGAUUUUGCACUAUUGUUUUUCGUCUGGACCACUGUGUCACUUGUAGCAGGUCAAACAUUGGAAAGUCAAGUCCUUUUACUUCCAUGUUUUAUGUCAACAAAGAGAAAUGUCAUGUACAUAAUGUACUUAAUUGUAAAUACUGGUUUCACACUAAGUAAUUCUAUUUUGUAAACUGAA